UGCCGAGGGGGAUUCGGGACGAGGAAGAAGACGGAGUUCUUUGUGACGACGACGCUACCGACGACGCCAUGGCCUCUACCUGCGUCACGACGACGGAGCAUGCAACCCUUCCGAGCGCGACCGCGCUAGCAGAUGCAACGACACCCAACUCGACACCAACGCUGGGUCCGACGUCGUCCUUGCCGAGCCCAUACCUGCAGAGCGGCCGGAAGACGUCGAGUAGCUUCUCCGACUUGGGCGACUUUGACGAGUUUACAGAACUCAACUACUGUGCGACGCCCGAGAAGCCCGGCCUCUUUCACAUGCCAAUGCCGAUCCGCGAGGAAGUCGAGCAGUUCCGUCUCAACAGCGACGACGACGACACGCGGCCGCGCCACUUGGGCUUGCAUGGCACCGGCAUCAAACUCUUUCCUGGCGAAGUUCUCAAGCUCCGUGUGGACCAUGCGGCGUAUAUUGUGUUCUACAAGCCGUCGACCGCCGCCGAGCCCGAGAGCCCGCCCGACAGCGCGACGCAGCCGUCGUCUUCGUCGUCCGAGUCAGCCUCGGACGUGCCCAUGCCGCUCUUUGAACCCGGCGUCCCUGCAGCACCAACUUCGGGGCCACCAAAGUCGCUGGGUGCACUAGGCGCCGCCGGCUACACGGUUGUGACGGCCGACUGCUACCAGCGCUACAACGCGACUCGAUCGGGCUCACUCGGCCGCGGCCUCUUUCGUGCGACGACGCAAGUUGGGAGCGCGUUCCUCAAGGGCACGAGCACGCUCAUCAACCAGACGUACGAAGGCACGACGCGCGGCGGCGUUCUCGGCUUUGCGAAAGGUCUGGGCCUCGGCAUGUGGGGCUUUGGCUCGCACACGGUCAAAGGCGCGUUCCGCAGCGUCGGGCACAUGACGACAGCCGUCGGCGAGGUCGUUCUCGGGCCGGACCCGCACUUUAGCCUCGACGGAACGCUCGUCUUGACCAACUACCGCAUUGUCUGGACGUCGGCGCACGACACGUUUGACAUUCCUCUCGCGUCGCUCGUGUCGAUCGACAACCCGUCGGUGACAGCGCCCCACAUUCUGCACAUGGAGUGCAAGAACCUGCUUCGGCCGCAGUUUGCGUUUGCGGACGAAGCCACGUGCGUCGCGUUCAUUGACGCCACGCUCCGCCUCUACAGCGACGGCCCGUACACGUUUAGCACGGUGCAUUUCAACGCGAUCCAGUCGGGCACGGCGCUCGACCCACUGGACGCACACGAGACGAGCACACCAUCGAUCUACGAUGCGUGCACGGACUUUGCGCGGCUCGGCUUGACCAACGCCGACGCGUGGACGCUCGUCAACAAUGAAACAUACGCGCUGUUUCCGACGUACCCCAAGACCUUUGUGCUGCCCGCGGGCUUUACGGACCACGACAUUGUCGAGCUCAGCACGUAUCGCAGCGCGAGCCGCGUGCCCGCGGUCGUAUGGCUGCAUCCGCUCACGAACGCGAGCAUCUGUCGCUGCGCGCAACCGUGUGCGGGCCUCAGCGGCUAUGCGGCCGAGGCCGACAAGAAGGUGGUGGCGCUUCUCCGAACGGGCGCAACUUUUCACUUUUUUGACGCGCGGUCGCAAAUGGCGGCCGCCGGCAACUUUGCCCAAGGCAAAGGCACCGAGGACGUGCGCAACUACCCCAACACGGAGCUCCACCACUGUGACAUUGCCAACAUUCACGGCGUGCGGGCGUCGUACAAUGCGCUCGCCGCUGUGUGUCAGCCGAACGCCCCCUCGGACGCAGAGCCGCUCUUGCAGCGCACGCAGUGGCUCAGCCACGCCUCCAGCAUCCUUGUCGCCGCCCAGCGCAUGGCAACCGUUCUUUGCAUGGGCGAGUCGGUCAUGGUGCAUUGCAGCGACGGCUGGGACCGCACGUCGCAGCUCGCCGGCCUGGUGCAACUGCUGCUGGACCCGCAUUACCGCACGUUUCGAGGGUUCCUUGAGCUCAUCGACAAGGAAUGGUGCUCGUUUGGGCACAUGUUUCGGUGGCGACUUGGCGUCGGGACCGGUCCCAACGCGGAAGAAGCCACGGAGCUCUCGCCCGUCUUUGUACAGUGGCUCGACUGCGUCUGGCAAGUGUGGCGUCAAGCGCCGUGGGCCUUCGAGUUUUCCGACGAGCUCGUAUCAACGAUCUACAACCACGUGUACUCAGGCCUCUUCGGCACGUUCGAGUACAACUGUGAGAAGGAGCACCGCGACAAGGAAGCGCUCGACCCGACGCGCUCGCUGUGGCGAUACCUUCUCCGGCGCCAAGCGACGUUUGAAAACCCGAGCUACGAACCCGAGAAGAGCUUGCGACUAGUCGGCCAACUCCUCGACGUGAGUGUGGCCGAGUCCGACUUGAGGCUAUGGGACGCCCAUGUGGCAUGCGCGGACCCGAUAUGCCGCAAGUACACUUGAAGGUGCGAUCGUAAGCUGCGUGCCCAGGAAGCCGACGGAAGACGAACCCAUCGUAGGAGACAUAGGAGUAGUAGAUGUAGGAC